UUGACAAAGUCAUGGAGGGGAACCGCGGGGACGAUUUUCUUUGAGUCACCUGCCGAUAACGAUAGAUGACAUAAGCCUGCGGCCACCUCAGGCACCCCAGCGCAGUUGGUGAUUUGGUCCCAACGCGACCUUGAGCUUCUCGCAGCACCGUUGUCAGCAUGGCCCCCGAGGCUCCAGAUCCCCAAAGCCUGAAGUCAUGGCAGGAUGCGUUUCAGUACCCGAUUCCUACGGUUCGCCGUGUGGAGCAGGAACUGCGACGGGACAUUGCAAGCAAUAGGGAGAAGCUCCGAGCUCUCGUGGGUACGCGAUACCGAGAGCUUGUUGGAACUGCCGAAACAAUUGUGGAAAUGAACAAGGAGAUACAGGACGUGGAGGCUACCCUGACCGAUAUUGGACGACGAUGCAACCCGCGGCUGGUGGAGAAGAAGCAUCUUCAUGCGCGGCAGAUGAAGUGUGAUACUACGGAUACAGAUGCCGACAAGCAUUCCUUCGGAGCACAACUAGCGCUACUCCACCGCUGUACAACUUCCAUCACUCGACUAUUGCGCAAACGGGCUUCGAUGUUACUUAUCGCCAAGGUACUCGUUGUAUCUCGACUCCUGCACAAGACCCUUUCUCAACACCCCUCAACCCCGCCCUUCUUGGACGAUUUGCGCAAUCAAUUGGCUUCUCUGCGCCGCACACUUCUGAAACGAAUUGAUAAACGAUUGACAUCUGCGAACGGCUUGGACGAUAGCAUAAUUGAAUCAUUGGCUGCAUUCUGCCUCGCGACAAGUUCUUCAUCAGACGAUGCUAUUCAUCAUUUCCACCAAGUUCGCCUCGAUGUUAUUACGAGCCAAUUGGAUUCGUCUCGCGAGAACAUCCCGAAAGCCCUUCGACUCUUCAUCCGCACACUGCAGAACUCUAAAGUAUUACGAUCUCGUCAAUUCUCUGACGUUCUGUCUAAGCUCAAGACAAGACCUAUUCUCUCUGAUCCAGAAGUUCGCAGUCUGGAAGGCCUAGAGAUUGAAGUGCUAGGUCGUUGGGCUGCUCCAGAGGUAAUCAAUUUCACACCCUGGAUUAAACUGAGUGAGCUCGGCCGCUCUGAAGGCCUCCAGUCUAUCAAGGGCUGGUCUUCCCAGGCCUUUGACAGAUUCGUGGAGGGAACUCAGAAGGCUCUUGCUCAGAGCAAUGGCUUCCCAGAGCUCCUGUCUUUGCGCGCCGAUACCAUAGAAUCAUGGUUAUCAUCUUGGGGCUCAACGAUUACCCACGGUUCUGAGGCCGUUCUUGAAUGUCUACGUGAACUUUUCAACGACCAUCUCAAAAGAAUCCUAACCACUCAGGUUCAGGCCGUCGAUGACAUUGUGGGCCAGAUUGCAUCCGCCGUGGCUGACUGGGAAUCGUCUGAACAUGCUUCAGUCGGGUCCCUCUGGGAUACUGACUUGGUUGCCGCAGACUAUUCGAACGGGGCGUCUAGCUUCAAACACGCGGUAGCGGACCGCCUGCUUGGACGGGACGAUGACGUGUCUGCAGUCUUAAGGAAGUACAAAUCUUGGCUGCAGUCUGUUCAAGCCUUGAAUGAAUCGAUUGAGGCUCUUCGCCGUCUUAGGUGGACUGAUGUCCUGGUUGGUGGCGAAGUAGAAGACGAAGACGUCGACGUCAAUCCUCGGCUGAACGAUGAAGACCCUCGAACCCUUUCGAAUGCUCUCCAUUCGGCCGUUCGACAGGCUUACCAAAAUCUUCAAGAUUCCUUCAAUGAUGCAUUCAAGGCAUUCGGAUCCUCGCAUCUUAACCAAAAGGCCACGUUCUUGCUUCGGCUGAUCCGGCUAAUUCGCCGAGAGAUACCCUCUGGGUUUGUUCCAGCAGAUUUCCUAUUCUCACGCGACCUUGCUCCCAAGCUGCAGGAGCUGCUCGCCACGGACAUUGUGACACAUACUGGCUCUCUGGCCUUUGUUCCUGCGAGCACAACUCUCAAGACAAAGAAUUCUAGGCUUGUUCCUGGCCGGUCGCUCUGGGAAGGUGAACAACCUGUGCCUGUCCAACCCUCACCGAGCACAUUUAAGUUCCUCCGCCGCUUGACUGCAACUAUGGAUGUGAGCGGGCCUGAUCUUUGGGACCCCUUAACCUUGCGAGCCUUGAAGACCCAAUUAGCAAAGCAGUUGGAAAAGACGCUCAACGCAACACUCGAAGAGCUGCAAGAUUGGGAGACUUCAAGCAAAGCUAUUCUCGAAUCUGAACCCAAGGGUGAAGAAUCUGCCGCAGACGGUGAGAAGGAAGAGAAAGCGACAGAUGCUACUACUGAUACUGUGGAUGCCGAAGACGAGAAAUCAAAUGAUGCCCCUCCUCCAGAGGCUCUGCAUGAUUGGAAGGUGCAGUUGCUCUUCGAUGCCCUUUACUUGGCAAACAUGUUAGGCGACCCGACGCAGCUGGCUGAUGUCGUGGAGCGGAUUCAAAAGAGCGCCGACCCCAGCCUCGCUGCCGCCAAGGCUAUCCGCCAGGCCUCUCGAGAAUAUUGGAAGCGGACAGAGCUUCUCUUUGGUCUCUUGGCGGAGUAUUAAUACCUACAUUGUGUUCUAUACAUUCGUCAUUCUGCAGAUUUCUUAUUGUCUUUCUUAUCGUAUUGAGCGAUUAUACUUAGCAUAGUAUCCAUAAAGAGUAGUGGAAUUCUCUUCCAACCAAAUUUGGAAAUACAGAUACACGUGGGAGCUCGAUCACUAAACUCGGUAUGGACAUAUCCCUUGCCUAUAGUUCCUUCUUAUCAAACAGAGAGAUCGCGUGCACUGAGAACCAGCCCAAGUCACAAUUGCA